UCCCCUUCCUCUCCCUUCUUCUUCCUCCAUUCUCACACCCUCACUCUCACUCUCUCAAUCUCUUCUCUCUUUUUCUUCAAUGGCUUCCAACACCUUGAUGAGCUGUGGCAUUGCCACCACCGCUUUCCCUUCAGUCCUUUCUUCUUCUAAGUCUAAAUUCGCUGUCGGUGUCCCCAUUUCCGGUGUCGCUGUCAAUGCAUCUUCCCGAUUUUCCAUGUCCGCUGAGUGGAUGCCCGGCCAGCCCCGUCCCCCCUACCUCGAUGGCUCAGCUCCUGGUGAUUUUGGAUUCGACCCUCUUGGGCUGGGAGAAGUGCCAGAGAACCUCGAGAGAUUCAAGGAGUCUGAGCUAAUUCACUGCAGAUGGGCCAUGCUUGCUGUUCCAGGGAUUUUGGUACCUGAGGCUUUGGGAUUGGGCAACUGGGUUAAAGCUCAAGAAUGGGCAGCAGUUCCAGGAGGCCAAGCUACAUACUUGGGACAACCAGUUCCAUGGGGAACUUUGCCCACCAUUUUGGUCAUUGAGUUCCUUGCCAUUGCUUUUGUAGAGCACCAGCGCAGCAUGGAGAAAGACCCCGAGAAGAAGAAGUACCCUGGAGGUGCUUUUGAUCCAUUAGGCUACUCAAAAGACCCUGAAAAGUUGAAGGAAUACAAAGUCAAAGAGAUCAAAAACGGUCGAUUGGCGCUAUUGGCUUUUGUUGGGUUCUGUGUGCAACAAUCAGCAUACCCAGGAACAGGGCCGUUGGAGAACUUGGCAACUCACUUGGCUGACCCAUGGCACAACAACAUUGGCGACAUUAUCAUUCCCAGAACAAUUUCGCCUUGAAUUUUGUACUGAAUCAUACCAAUUGUAAUUAAGUUUCUGUGUAUUAAAUCUGAACUCAAGGCUUUCCUCUCUAUGUGCCUUUGAACGUGCUCUGUAACUUGAUUUUGACCUUCAUUUUAGUGCAUGGUGUUACAAUUUGAGGAAGGAAAAAAAGGGAUAAGAUUACAAAUUUAAUCUUAAAGCUUUGGAUUGUA